CAGUAAACAGGAAAUCGGAGAAUCGUAGCCUUGGGUUGAAGAAGGCGGAGGAUUCCUCCGGGACUCGCUCAGCUCCGGCCGUUAGAGCCGCUUCCUCCUCCUCCUCCCGGACCUACAGGAGCUCUGCCGGCGGCUGCCACUUCAGCGUGCCGGGCCAUGGCCGAAUAUUCCUAUGUAAAGUCCACCAAACUCGUGCUCAAGGGCACUAAAGCCAAGAGUAAAAAGAAAAAGAGCAAAGAUAAGAAGAGAAAACGAGAAGAAGAUGAGGAGACCCAACUUGAUAUUGUGGGAAUCUGGUGGACUGUAUCCAACUUUGGGGAGAUUUCAGGGACUAUUGCCAUUGAAAUGGAUAAAGGAGCCUAUAUCCAUGCACUGGACAAUGGGCUCUUUACACUGGGAGCUCCACACAGAGAAGUUGAUGAAGGCCCCAGUCCUCCAGAGCAGUUUACUGCUGUCAAGUUGUCAGAUUCCAGAAUUGCCCUGAAGUCUGGCUAUGGAAAAUAUCUUGGUAUAAAUUCAGAUGGACUUGUUGUUGGGCGUUCGGAUGCAAUUGGGCCCAGAGAACAAUGGGAACCAGUGUUUCAAGAUGGAAAGAUGGCUUUACUGGCCUCAAAUAGCUGCUUUAUUAGAUGUAAUGAAGCAGGUGAUAUAGAAGCAAAGAAUAAAACAGCAGGAGACGAAGAAAUGAUAAAGAUCAGAUCCUGUGCAGAAAGAGAAACCAAGAAAAAGGAUGACAUCCCAGAAGAAGACAAGGGAAGUGUGAAGCAGUGUGAAAUCAACUAUGUAAAGAAAUUUCAGAGCUUCCAAGACCACAAACUCAAAAUAAGCAAAGAAGAUAGUAAAAUUCUUAAAAAGGCUCGCAAAGAUGGAUUUUUGCAUGAGACACUUCUGGACAGGAGAGCCAAAUUGAAAGCUGACCGAUACUGCAAGUGAUGUGGACAUUGUGUAUGGCUUUGGGGUUUUUCUGUUUUCUUUUUUCUUUCUUUCUUUCUUUCUUUCUUUCUUUCUUUCUUCCUUUCUUUCUUUCUUUCUUCUUUCUUUCUUUCUUUCUUUCUUUCUGAAUAAAAAUAUUUGAUAUAAAUGCUUUUACAGA